AUGGCCAAUACUUUAACUCUUAAUUGUCUUGUUAUCCCCGAUGCCUCGCCCGAAAGCGUAACAAGGCAAAGUAUUACUACGCUUAAGAUCUCUAGCAACGAGACGGUCGAUCUGUUAAGGCCUAUGAUUAAGGAAAGGUGGCCAUCAUUAUUUGAAAAUAUUCUUCCUACCAACUUUAUUCUUCGCAAGAUCGAUUCCGGAGUAGUUAUAACUAUUGUCGAUCAAAUUAGUCAAUAUAAUAAUGGGCAUGGCGAAGGAGGAGAAGAAAUGUUCCCAUAUCAAUUAAUUUCUAGUCAUUUUCCCCAGCAACCUCCUAACAAUAAAAUUCAUAUUAUUGUACGUAUUUAA